AUGGUAGUGCUAGUGGGCACACCUGAGGUACCGGUAUAUGCUCGCAAAUUUCAAGCUCUGGUGUUCGAUGGCUCAUCGUGUCCUCCGCCAGAAGCGAACACCGGGAAUGAUAACAACACGAUCCUGGCAUACCUGCCCUCCAACGUGUCAGUCGCCCCUAUCUACUGGACCAACCCAGUGCUGGAGUCGCCGCCUGCCAGUACCCUUGAGUACAUCUUUUGCGAGCCUGACCCCAACAUGGAUAUUGACAUCUACUGCCGGUCGGGGGACGAGUUCCCUGUGACGUAUAAUAACGAUAAUGAUGGGCGCAUCAAGGUCAUUUACCAGCUGGUUGAUCCGACUCCUCCCGACUUCGAAAAUGGCGAUUGUGUUUUCUACAUAAGGAUUCUCGACAAGGACGCUCCGACGAUAACUUGCCCGCGGCCGUCGAAUGUCAACGAGAACACCGACGCAGGUGCAACAACGUAUACAUUGGUCUACAGUGCGCCCGAAGUUGCGGACAACUCUGAGGGCGUGGUCUGGAGCUCUGACAUCACAAACGGCACUGCCCUCUCCAUUGGUCCCCACGUUGUGACGUUUACAGCUACUGAUACUUCUGGAAAUACAGCCGAAUGUUCUUUCACUGUAACAGUUGAAGACUCUGAGCCUCCUGAACUGGACUGUCUGGACUCCUUCUCCAUCACCACAGCAGUGGGCCAACCUUACGGCGUUGCAUCUUGGGUGAUACCGACCGCGACCGACAACUCCGGCGAUGCGCCAGUGCAGACCGCCAACCUGACCAGCCCUGCAAACCUAGGCAUCGGCAUCCAUACAGUGACCUACGAUGCCACGGAUGGUAGUGACAAUACCGCCUCCUGUACAUUCCAGAUCACUGUUACAGAUGAAGAGGCUCCAGACUUGAGUUGUUUGACUUCGUUUUCUAUCGAAACCGUGUUUGGUCUCCCAUACGGAACGGCUACAUGGAUGAUCCCUACGGCCAGCGACAACUCGGGUGAAACCCCCGUGCAGACUGCGAACCAGACUAGUCCUGUCAAUCUAGAAAUCGGCACCUACACCGUCACCUAUGAUGCCACUGAUGCCAGUGGUAACAGUGCGGAAUGUUCAUUCAAGAUAACAGUCGUCGAGGGAAUUCCACUGUCAGUAACUUGCACUCCGUUUUCCUUAACGACGGACUCCAACAAAGCCCACGCCACAUACACACUGCCCUUGAACCCGGACGUAAUCGAGCAUAACUCUGGGAGCUAUACCGUCGAGACCACAGUCACCACACAAGACGGGACGCCAGUCUCGCACACUGAUGGGCAGAGUGCCCAGUUCAGUUACGAUGAAGUUUACAGCGUCCAGUACUGUGUCCAAGACAGCACGACAACAGAAUGUUGCACAAGUCAACUGGCAGUUCAGGAUGACGAGGACCCGGUAAUAACUUGCCCAGCAGCGUUCGAGACAGCCACCGAUGCCGGGGUCGCAUAUUACAAUGAAUCUCUACCCGCUGCUACGGUUACUGAUAACUCUGGCGAAGACAUAAUGUACAUUCCAGAGGAUGGCCCUUAUCCACUCGGCACCAACACUGUCACGUACACUGCCACAGAUUCCAGCCGCAACAGUGCUAGUUGCACAGUGGAGGUCACUGUGAAAGACGAAGAACGACCAACCAUUCUCACCUGCAUAGAUAGCAUCGGCACGACCAAUAUGGGAUCAGGCGUAGCGACGGCCUCCUACGAACUACCCACUGGCAUCGAUAACUCGGGCUUAGAAGUCACUGUUCAGUGCACGCCGGUACUGGGCACCCUCCUCCCACUAGGAACUCACACGGUCACCUGUGUCUUCCGUGAUCAAGCGGUGCCUGUCAAUAUCAACCUUUGCUUCAUAACGGUGACUGUAGGUGGUUACAGUCAAUGA